AUGGAGCUUCCAAGUAUUGAACAAUUGAACCUGCAAGCCAGUCCAUCUGAGAUCGAGGAAUGGGUAGAGCGAUUCGAACUGUGGUGCAGUAUUCGAAAAGGUGGUGUGCAAAACCAAUCCGCCCUAUUUCUCACUGCUGGUGGCCGUGGUCUGUAUUCGCUGCUGAAAAACCUAGCAUUUCUCGAGGUUCCCGCCAAACUUCCAUAG